CUUCACAUGGCCCCUGCUACGUAUUUUUGCAAAGGGCUAUGUUAUGCUUUUCACACUAUAUAAGGGAUAUUGGCAGCUUGUGGCUAUGACAUCUCUCAGUGGAUCAUAUAGAUCAUUUUCCCGGUUCCCAGACCGAAUAUCUCUCUCCGUCUCCCUUUCAAAAAAGAAAAUGUCACUCUUGUUGAUAAGGGUAAUGCUUGUUCUGCUGUUGAUGUUGACAAUUCCUCAAAAAUCAGCUGGGGAAUUUGAGCAGUGGUGCAUAGCUGAUGAGCAAACCCCAGAUGAUGAGUUGAAGGUAGCCAUGGAUUGGGCUUGUGGGAACGGUGGUGCUGAUUGCAGUAAGAUUCAGGUGAACCACCCUUGUUAUUUUCCUAACACUAUGAGAAACCAUGCUUCCUAUGCAUUCAAUGAUUAUUUCCAAAAGUUCAAGCACAAAGGCGGAUCUUGCAACUUCAAAGGAGCUGCCAUGAUUACAGAACUUGAUCCAAGUUAUGAUUCUUGCCAAUAUGAGUUUAUUCCCUGAUUCAGAGUCAAAUCAAUUCAUGCAAUAAAAUUAGAUGUUGGUCAUUCUACUUCUUCCCCUUCCACGAUCAAGCCUGUUUCUCGUUCUACCCCUGUGGUGAUGUGUUGAGGCUUACUAUUUCUUGUUGAAAACAAGCUGAAAAAAGCUUUCAAAAAAUAUUGGUAGAAACUAUUUUCCUGCAUUAUGACCAAUUUUGAGAAAAUUGGGAAGCUAGUCAGUAUCUUGCAAAUUGGUUCCCUGUUUUUCCUCUUUCAUUUUGUCAAAUUAACGCUUUUUUUUUUUGACGGCAAAUAUAAAAG